AUGUCGAUGAAAUCUCGGGUCAUCGUCAAUAAAACUAAUUUACUUCUGGCUCAGCCACAGCCACAGCCACUGUCUCUGGUGAGGUGGUGGGCGCUGAAAGUGGACAGCCCUCAAAUAAAUGCAUUUGAGAGGUCUGUGUUUUGGUGGUUAAAUCUCAGUGCUUCGCCACCCUUGAACAUGGACGGUGCCAGAGAGUCACGAAUCGGCGGUGGUGGUGGUGGUGGUUCUGUUGGAGUACAGAACCGACAAACCCGAAGCGUGUAUCUCAAGUAG